UAAAUUGAUGGGUUUCUUCUCAAUCUGUAGUUAAUAACUGAUAAUUUAUUUUUAUUACAUAUUGAUAGUAUUCGUUAGUCAUUCCAAAUGAAAGCAUGUAGGGAAUUUAUUCAGUUCACCAAAGUACACGUUCGGAUUAUCCUGAAACACCUCGUCAUUCAGAACCAAUUGUAACACCUGUUAGCGCUAUUUUUAAUUUAUUAUGGAGUAAUCAACAAGUUGCGUCAGCGACAAAACAGUGUCUACAGAUAUUUCCGGAAAAAAGACCGUUAUGGGUUUUUGCUUUAGUUAACAUGCGUAUAUUUUUUUCCGUUUUAACUUAAAUGACUGGAAUAUUUCAUAGUUAACAAGAAACAGAGAAGAAUGGAAAAGAAAAACACGAGAAAUCAAAUCAUGGAAACAAUAUUAUAAUAAAAUAAUUAUGGACAGAGAAAAAUUCAAACUCUAUAAAAUUAUUUAGCGAUUUUCAUGCAUACAAUGCAAUUGACGUUACUGUUACUAGUUUUAUUCAUAAUUCCACUUAAAGGACAAGGGAAGAAGUCCAAAUUAAAGGGAACCAGAUGGUGGUCACUUGCAAACAUUGGCCAACCAUCAAACGAUUUGCAUUCAAACACUCAACUUUACAACAGCCCUAGUCUUCUACCUCUAACUAAACGACAGAGGCGACUUGUAUCUAAAAACCCAGGAACAAUAUUGGCGCUUAUGAAUGGAGCCCGAAUGGCCAUCGAAGAAUGUAAAUAUCAGUUCCGAAACCGCCGCUGGAACUGUCCGACACAUGAUGACAGCCAUGGUGGACCUAUCUUUGGAAAGAUUUUGCAAAAAGGUUGUAGAGAAACUUCUUUCAUCUAUGCAAUUACAACAGCUGCAGUGACACAUUCAAUUGCACGAGCAUGCGCUGACGGUAGCAUUCUCACGUGCAAUUGUGACUACAGUAUGAGGGAACCACCAGCAAAAGCGGACUGGGAUUGGGGCGGUUGCAGUGACAACGCUAAAUUUGGACAUAAAUUUUCUAGAAAAUUUGUGGAUGUUCUAGAAAAAGGAAAAGACUUUAGAUACAUGCUAAAUCUACAUAACAAUGAGGCAGGAAGAGUUCAUGUAUCAAAAGUUAUGAAGAGAGAAUGUAAAUGCCAUGGUAUGUCAGGAAGUUGUACAAUAAAAACCUGUUGGAUGAGGCUACCUACAUUUAGGAAUGUGGGUGAUAAAUUGAAAGAUAGAUUUGAUGGUGCUACAAAGGUCGUUUCUGGUAAUGACGGAAGACGUUUGCCAAAAGAUAAUAAUGGAAGUGUACGACGGAAAAAGAAGAAAGGGAAAGGAAAACUUAGAAAAAAUAAGUUUCGUUUCGAGCCUGUAAACUUUAAUCACAAGCCUCCUGGUCGGAGGGAUCUUGUUUAUUUUGAAGACUCUCCUACGUUCUGUGAUAAAGACACAUCAAUAGAUUUCGAAGGGACUAAAGGGAGAGAAUGCAAUGCCACAUCCAUAGGAAUUGAAGGUUGUGACCUCAUGUGUUGUGGGCGUGGUUAUACCUCGAAUGAAUAUACUGUGAAGGAACGAUGUAGUUGUAUAUUUCAUUGGUGUUGUCACGUUAAAUGUGAGAUUUGCACAAGAAAGAAAAUACGAAAUAUGUGUAACUGAUUUUUUGUUGUUGGAAAGAUUAAUUUAUACGAUUUAUUUAAUGCAUUUACUGAACGUUUUGGUGCUGUACAUUUUGUAAAUAAUUAAUUAUAAGCAUCGUUUGAUUAUAAUAUGAAACGUAAUUCGUUAUGUGAAACAAUGUGGCCAUAUAUCAAUGUAUAUACAUGUUAGAAAUGGUCACGCUAAGUAUAAUUUGUGCUUUUUGGAAAACAAGUUUUUGGGGAUAUGUUAAAGUUAUCCUUACUGCACUGAGAAUGACGGUAGCAUAAGAGGAAAUGAUUAUGUUGGACAUCAGUUUAUCUAAUAGUCUGAUGAGUUCGAACGUGAAAUACCAUUUGAAUUAACCCAACUAAUCUUCGCGAGUGAUUGAUUUUGGUCUUUUGUAUGUUGGAUAGUUUACUUUGCUAUUAGGAAGCUAAUGCGAAUAUAUUUCUUACGCGAAUAUGCCAAGAUAACAUUUUCAUUUCUAUAAAUUAUGUAAAGAAAGUAAGAAAUUAACCAAAAGUAAAUUGCAGCGAAUUGGACUAGAAAGGGUUAAACGCAAAAGAAUGCAUCCCUGAAAAUUAAAGUACGGAUUCGGUAAGACUUUUAAAAAUCACGUGAUCACCUGUACGGAUUCCGUAAGAAUUAUCGUGAUCACGUGGUCAUGAUUUCCUUAAGUUCAACGAUCCAAAAAAGAAAAACAAUGUAUGUCCUAGAUAGAAAAUCAUUCAUAAGUGAAAGGUACACACAAAAAAUCUUAAAAUGUUAUUGUACUUUCAUUUCCUGUUAUUAUUUGAAAACUGGUUAAUGAGAAUGACAACUGUUUUGAGAAGUUUUUUUUUAAAUUGAAAGUUCACUAAGAAUUGCAAGCCAGUUAAAAAAACUAUUAGGCAGAAUGAUAAAUUUGCCAUAGUUGCCUUCUUUUAUGUAAAAAAAAAUUUUUUUUGUGUUUUUUUUUUCCAAUUUCUUACAAAUUUGUAAAUCAAUUCGUUACGUUUAUACUGUUUUGUCGCUCAUACAUUACAUAUUAUUUUAUUAUUUGUAUUUGCAUUCUGAAAUGUAUAUAUAACAUUUUAUCAUUAUAUACCAGUUACCCUUUUAUUUCAUAGAAGUUUGAAUACAAAAUAUUAUGUCUAUGGGCUUUAUCACAAUUAACCUUUUUGUGAUCUGUAGCUGCACGUAUAUAUUAUUUUUUUCAUUUUACCCUUUUGUGAAGCAGCUCCUCCUUGAUUAAUCGAUUAUUCAAGAAAUGCCUCUAUUUUUUUUGUAGGUUCGAGAACUUGUAAAACAUAUAUAUUAGUAAAAUGUUCCACACUACACCAAAUGUUAUGCAAGACUUUUUCUGUUUUUAUUUGUAUUGUCAAGUCAAAUAUUACAAACAUAUCAGGAAGCCAGGAAGAUAAAAAAAACCCAAUCAAAUCAAACUUUUUAACCACAAUGCCAUACAUGUCAUACAUACGUCAUUUCAAAAUCAUUCUUAGUUAAUAAUUUGUUCUAGCAAUCUACAUAUGAUCAGUUUAAAAUGUUAUUUAAAGACAUUGAUAUGAAAUAAAUUAAAAAAAUAAACCCAUACAGACCCUAAGUUCCCGGUUUCUGAAAGAUUGAAUAGAAAAAAGCAAGGGAGGGGGUAGGGGGCGCUAAAUCGUAUAACAGAAUGUUCGGUCAUCUCAAAUUGAAAUAGAUACAUAGACUUUACAAACUACACAUAUCGAAAAACUUUUCUGAAAUGGACUGUCCAAAAAUAACAAAACUAGCUUUUGAACUACAAAGCAGUCAAAGAUCACUUGUUUUAUACUAUUAAAACAGUUUUAUGAACAGAAUAUCCCUUUUACCUAAAUUUAAUAUCCAACUGUCUUAUAAUGGAAUUUUAAAACAAGUGCUAUUAAAUAUUUUUGUUCCCUGAGGACUUUAAUGUCUCCUUUUCCGAGGUUGAUGGUCCUCUUUCGUAAAUUCGUGUUUCCAAAUCACGCCAUAAUAAAUGUAUUGUCAAAAUUUAAUGAGUUUAUCAUAAUUACCAAAUAAAGGUGGCUGGACAAGGGAAUUAACCAGUAUUCCGUAAAAACUAUGUAUAUGGUCAAAGGAAGACAACUCUAUCGUCCUUUACACGUGCAUUAAAUGUAUAACGGAUAAGUCUUAUACGUCAAGCUUAUAUAUAUAGAAUGACUAUUCAUUUUCUCAAAAUUUUCAAUUCAUUUGUGCAAGGCUUCUAUCCUGUUUCAAGCCAAGUUCAAUAAACAUUAUAUUUGAGACAAUCCAAGGUUGUUUCUCUUUAAAAUGUUCUCAAGACAUUAUACUUGGUGGAAAUCAAUAAUUGGAAUUAAAGUGACCAACGGAAAGAAAUCCGCAAACCUGCAUUUUUCACGAAGUUAAAGAUAAAAAUCGUCGAAAAGCCAUUAUCAACGUCACGAAUAAGGCAGUUGCAGUAUUACAGUUAAUUAUCUUAUUCGGGCACCUCAAAUGAAGAUAACGCUAUAUACGUGGGUAGGGCAUUAUUUCAUUUUUGUUCUACAGCCUAAAUUGAUUACUUUUGAUUUUCUGCUGAGAUAAGCCAUGAAGUAAUCAACAUAAUGAAAUAAGAUACUCAGCCAUUGCAUAUCUAUAUGUGAAAAUAUGAUGCAUUUCUAUUUGAUUUAUCAAUAUAAGUUAUCUUUAAAGUUAUUAUUUCAUAAGUUUCUAAUAUAUAUAUGUUAAGGGUGCACGUGAUUUAUCUUGGAUUUCAUAAAUUCAUCAUUUAUUUAAGUUAUUUAUUUUUUUCCUCCACAUUUUGUAUAAGAUGUGUUACUUGUUCCUCUAUUUGUUUAGCAUAAACUUAUUGUAAAUGUGUCAUAUAGUUUCUUACAUUUGUAUUGUGCUAUAAAGGUAUAAAACUCGAAGAAAAAAUACACAGCGGCCAAUAAAAAUGUCAAGUUGAUAAGAGCAGCCAUAAUGAUAGCCAAUAGAAAACAUCCAAACACUACAUAAAAGAAAAAAAUUGGAACCACUUAAAACCUUGGGUUUCAGUUUCUUCCGGAAAGUUAAGCAGUUCUUAAAUUUUCAAAAACGUUGCAUUAAAUUCAAAUUUUACAUCAAAUAAGUUUAUUAUGCGUCUGAAAAUGAUAAGCGUUUUACUUUUAAUGACGGGUUUUGUCUGUUUAAAAAAAACAAGAAUAGUCAGAGAUACAUUGAAAAUUAGUUUGUAAAAUAAUUACGUGCCUGUAUUUUAUGUUCAGUUCUAUGGAAUGUUGAAUCAUACUUUAUCAUUCCACACACAAAACAAAAUGUAUCCAAUCAAUAUAUAUAUUUGUAUGAUACUGAAACAAAAUUAAAACAACAAUACCUGUUUUUUCCUCAUAAUCAAAGGUUAGAGUUAUUCAUAGAAUAACACAUUUAGUGGGGGGAUGCAUAUUAAAGCUUUUCGAAGAAAUUAAAACGAUUUACAAGCAAUUAGUGAUUGAUUUGCUGCUGUUAAAUUCUUUUUUUCUGCAUGAUCUUGCCAUCUGUUGUUUUCUAUUUUUAGAAUAAAAUUACAUUUCUACAUUCA